AUGGCGAAAAUUCAGGAUCUAAAGAUUGAGGAACUCAAGCAGGAGUUGGAGAAACGAAAUUUAGCAACCUCCGGAAGAAACGUGGAAUUACUAUCACGGCUGCGAGAGGCUAUGGAAAAGGAAGGUAUCGACGUUGAUAAAUACGACUUCCAUCGUGAGGACUACGCGACAUCAACGAAGGACGAACAGAAGGAUGAAAUGUCAUCACCGCUGGAAGCCGAGAAAAUGUACAUGUCAUCGCAGCUAGAUGAAAAGAUUACUCAGCUAGAGCAGAAUUUAUUCAAAGAUAAUGCGGAACUCAGAGAGAGACAGGAUAAAAUCGAGGAGCGGCAAGACAAAAUCGAAGAGCUAAUUAAGGAGAAAGUUGAGGCUAAGGUAGAAGAAUUGGAAGGUCGUCUCCGAGAUAUGCAGUUGAAUCGUCCACCUUCUUCGACCAGCGCCAACAAGAACAAUGACGACUAUAGUAAAAGACAGGACUCCAAGAUUUCCCAUCAGCCGACUGUAGUAAAACGCCAGCAAGACCAACGCUGCUAG